CAUUCCACACCUACUCACUGAGCAGAGGAUGAACAGGCUGCAGUUGUGUUGCUUCCAUGUCUCGGCUGCCGUUUGCCUACGGUGAAGCUGAGGGGGGUUCUGGGCCGGAGGAGGCAGGGGGCUGCUGGGACUGGAUCACUAAAUGGAUGGAGACGGAUCAGGAGGUCGGGGAGGAACCUGAGAGGAGCCCACACCUGCACAGCUCUAACCGGACCCUCCCUGAUGUCCAGACCCUCCUGACGUCCUGGUUGGAGACCCGGCUCCGGUCUCUGCAGGACUGGGACACCUGGUGUGCUGUUGCUGCAGUGGGUGUAGUGUGGUCUGUGGGCCAGCUGGAGGCGCCGUUACACCCUGUUGUGGUGCUGCUAGUGGUGUUCUGGAGGCUGGUGCUGGUGUUGGUACUGUGGAUCAUCCUGGGGGCCGGUGUUCAUGCCCUGAGGCGCUGCCUGUGGGUGGGACAGAGACAGGAAGAGGCUGGCGUGAGGAUUCAACAGGAAGUUCAGGCUGAAAACAGGACAAACUGCACCUCAUGGUUACACCCAUCAAGGAGUCGGCAUCGUACCCAUGAUGCUCUGGGGCUGGCUCUGGUCGACAGCCUGCUGCUGUGUGUCCUCCAGGAGCCACUUCAAGACCCCAAGGUGGCCCACAUCCAGGACCUGAUCCACAGACUGGAGCUGGUUUCCCAAACGUUAGAGAAAGCUGAUUCUGGAUCAGAGGCGACACCAAAAGAGGAUUUGGAUGGGGAUGUUGCCCUCAAAGACAAAGUGAAACGAACCCUCACAUAUCUACAGCAGAGGGCGAAAUCUCUGCGUAAACUGGUGGAGAUGCAGGGGGACUUUGAGGCCGGGGUGGGGGACUUGCUGGAGGGUCUGGGUGGACUCUGGGCUCAGCUGGAGGACCUCCACACUGGGGUCACCCUCAACAAAGAGGGGGGAGAGGGACACCGAAACCUGGCCUCGGCCCAGACAGACGCUAAGUUUUUGUUCACAGUUCUGGGUCAAUACAGGAUCAGAUUCCAGAGCUGUCAGUCUCAUCUAAAGGACACAACACAACUCCUACAGGAGUUAACAUGGAGUCACACUCACAUGUGUAACGGUGUGAGCAGUAGUGAGUUGGUCUGGCCUGAACUGUUGCUUCAGUCCAACAUAGAGCAGUUUGACAAGGUGCAGGAGAGUUUCCUGUCCUUGGAACAACAGACCUCUACGUUCCAAGCCCACCUGGACGGGCUGGGGAGGGGGGAUGAGAAUGGACAUAUCAACAAGGCCUCCCCCCAGGCUUCACCACAGCUCAGCGGACACUCAAGUAACGCUUCGCUGGAACACCGAAACUCCACCUCCUCUGCGUCCACGUCUGCGUCCAUAGAAGACCUGGACCCAGAUGUAGACCCUCCGCUAACACUGUGUCAGAGGUCGGCCCUGCAGUUUUCCUCAACUGUUGGGCGGCUGCGGAAAUCAGGAAGAAGGAAGAAACUUUGACUUGACAAAGCUCUGCAAAAUGAUGAACAAUGAUGAUCAUUUUAAUUUAUGCACGCUUACUUUGUUUUGGAAUCUGUAUUGUUCAAGUGCCAAUCCUUUGUUGUCAAUGUCAGCUAACAGUAGCUAGCAUUCCUGACUAUUAGGAGUUCUAGUGACAUUGAAAAGAACUUCUGAUUUUUGCAGUACAAUUGACCUGAGUCGUCGGCAUAGAAACAUACAUGCUGGUAUCAUGGAUGUGGGUCGGCGAGACAGUUGUUAGCUUAGAAAAUCAAUCAGCUAAUGUCAACAAAGCCAAGGAAAAAGUGCAAGAAUCUAAAACAACAUUAAAUGAUCCAGAUCCAUGGUCAUUCAGGUCUAAAACUAAAGUAGCUUCUGUUUUCUAUCAGCUCUAUAAUCAGCUGCUCAGGUGGUCUGAAAUACUACAUAAUACUAUGACUAAUUAAAUACUAUCACUAUUGUAAAUCCAAAUACAUUUCUACUUUCCUUUGGAACUUUUCUAAUAUAUUUGUUAGAUUCCAGCACAAAUUUAUUGUAAGCACUUCAGCAAAUUAUUCAAUGGUUCACAUGUAAGAUUUGCAUGAUGCAUGAAAAUGCUGUACUCAUAUCGUGUUUUUUAUGCUUUGUUAUAUUGAUUUAUUUAGAAAACUUGACCUUAUUGUUUCAAAUCAGCACUAAAAAGGUAGCUUGAAAUAUAAUGCUUGAUUACUAGUUACCCUGUUAACAUUUUAAUAACUUAUGACAUUUAAUCAAUGUUAAAAAAAAAAAAAAAAAAGAAGGAUUGUGUUCAUACAUGUGGUCAACUGAGCAGUA